CCGGCCGAUAAAGAAAUGAAAACAGAAAGGCACUGACCGCAAAACAGAAAGCAAAGUAACCGUAGCUGGGUGCUUAGAGGAAGAAAUAGCGGUGACGAAUGAGAAAAAGGUCCAAGAGGUCGUUUGAAAUCUUUUGCAGUACUGAACAUGGACAACGGCAGUGAUGAUGAUGUGCAGUCCGAGCUCGUUGCCGUGGAGAUGGAGCUGGAGGAAGUGGAGCAGCAGAUAGGCAUGCUAUUGGACAAACAGACCGAGCUCAACGCCCGCAAGACACGCCUCCUCAAGUCCCUCAAGAACCCGCCCUCCUCUUCUGAUAGGCCGACACAGUCGCCAGGCUCCUCCAAGCCCUCCAAGCCCCUCCUCAGCAAGCAGGAACUGCAGAGCUACAAGAACUCAGAUUUCCCCUGGUCCAAGGAGGUCCAGGAGAAGCUGGGCUCUGUGUUCAAGCUGUCCAAGUUCAGGCCCAUGCAGCUGCAGGCCAUCAACCUGACCAUGGGGGGCAAGGACCUGUUCCUGGUCAUGCCCACCGGCCGAGGGAAGAGUUUGUGCUACCAGCUGCCCGCCGUCUGCUCCAAAGGCUUCACAUUGGUGAUCACUCCUCUUGUGUCGCUGAUGGAGGAUCAGUUGAUGUAUCUGGAGUCAGUAGGGGUGACUGCUGUUUGCCUCAAUGCCUCCAGCACCAAGGAGCAUGCCAAAGCAGUUCUGGCGGACAUGACGGAGAAGAGCUGCCCCUUCAAGCUGCUGUACGUGACUCCAGAGAAGAUCGCCAAGAGCAAGACGCUGAUGGCCAAGCUGGAGAAGGCCUAUAACGCAGGACUGCUGGCCCGCUUCGCCAUCGACGAGGUGCACUGCUGCAGUCAAUGGGGACAUGAUUUCAGGCCGGACUACAAGCUGCUGGGCAUUCUGAAGAGGCAGUUCCCCAAGACACCCAUGCUGGGCCUCACUGCCACGGCAACCAGUAGUGUGGUGCAGGACUGCCAGAAGAUCCUCUGUAUCCCCGGCACCACGACGCUGACCGCUCCCUUUAACAGGCCCAACCUGUACUAUGAGGUACGCUACAAAGACCCCAUGAAUGAGGACUCCAUAAGCCAGAUUGCGUCCCUUAUCAAGAGCAAAUACAAGGACCAGACAGGCAUAGUGUAUGUGCACUCCCAGAAGGAUGCUGAGUCUGUCUCCGCUGACCUCCAGAAGCAGGGCAUCCAGGCCCAGCCCUACCACGCCAACUUGGAGGCCUCCUACAAGUCACGUGUACACAGGCACUGGGCCAACAAGAAGAUACAGGUGGUGGUGGCUACUGUGGCGUUUGGCAUGGGUAUUGACAAGGCUGAUGUGCGCUUCGUCAUCCACCACUCCAUCAGCAAGUCCAUAGAGAACUACUACCAGGAGAGCGGGCGAGCAGGGAGGGACGAUAAGCCGGCAGACUGCAUCAUCUUCUAUGGCUACCAGGACAUCUUCAAAGUGGCCACCAUGGUGGUGAUGGACCACACUGGGCAGGAGAAGCUCCACAACAUGGUGGCCUACUGCCAGGCUGUAGACAAGUGUCGGCGUGCCACCAUCGCUACACAUUUCGACGAGGUGUGGGAUGAUGAGGGAUGCAACAAGAUGUGUGACGUCUGUCGCCAAGACAACGACGCCAUGACGGUGGACAUUACCCAGCAUGCCCGUGAGGUGGUGCAGGUGGUGGAGGUGGCGGCCUCCCACGACGAGAAGGUGACGCCGCUUAAGGUGUGCGAGACGUGGAUGGGCAAAGGGCCCGCCAAGAGACGGCAGGAGAUCCGCGUCACAUCGCUGUCACGGCUAGAGGCAGAGGCCGUCAUCGUACACCUGCUGCUGAAGGGCUACCUCGGUGAGGACUACAGUUUCACUCCCUACACCACGUACUGCUAUCUGAAGCUGGGCAAGAAGGCGGGCCUACUGAAGCACGACAGCCACACCGUCACCAUGGCGAUGAAGAAAACAAUGUCGGGAGGCCUUCGCAACAGUGAGGAGGACCCAGGGGAUUUCAAUUCAGACAAUUCAGAUAUAGUAUUAGAAGGGCAUAAUGGCAGAUCAGACAAAUUAAACAAGAAUAACCAGAACCAGGCUAAGAGAGAGGGGGGUGGGCAGACUGAGACGCCCUUCUCUGCGGAUGCCCUUGAGGAUGACCCUGACCCCAAGGAGCGAGAACCUGCAAUUGAGGUUGAGGUGGACAUAGAGAUGAAUAUUUCACCACUGGAUGAAGCAGAAAACGAAAGCGACAAGGCCAAGGGUGCUGCUCCCGAGCCCCAUAAAAUUGCCCCAAAACGCAAAUCAACCACCCCAAAAAGACGCAGGUGUCAAGUGCAGGCUAAUGGCGGCGGUGGUGUGAAAGUUGCAGCGGUUCCCCCAAGGUCAGCCCUCAUCAGCUCUCCGUCACAGGUGUCGAUCCUCUCCGACACUGCUGCCGAGGAACUGUGUGACCUGCGCAGGUACUACAACCAGCAGCUGCGCCAAAUAAACUACAUUUCCCAUGAGCACUUGCAUCAGGCGCACACUGGCGUGCUUACCUGCAUGCGGGAGCCCUUCAGGAACCUGCGCCUGCCCUUCCGCUCCACCAUCACUAGGGGCGCUAGAGACCUGUGGACGCGUGUUAGCAUGAGGAGGAAGCUGAUCCAGAGGUGACAUGAAGACAAAAUGGCCACUGCCUGUCUGUGGUAUCUAAGAUCAAAGAUCAAUGGAUCUCAGAUCAAGAUCAAAGGAAGUCAAUGUAGAAUUCCUCUUUGGACUUUUAAUUGGCCCUUUUUCGGUCCUGGGUCCCAUGGAGGGGCUGAAUGUGAAAUGUUCACUUAUUCACUUAUGCACUAUGUAGAGAACCUAACACUGGGUGCAGUUACAUGCGAGGAACAUUCUGAUUUUAAACAGAAUGGUGGCAGUAUUCAGUUUGCGAGUCAUGAGUCAUGUAAACUCUUUAUUCAUUCUGAAUGUGGCCAUAUUUCUGGAACAUUCCGGUUGCAGAAUGUUGUUUCACACAUAUAAGCAGAAUAUUCCAGAACUUGUUUUAAACCGAAUGCUGACAAUGUACCGUUUGAAACUGAUAUUCUUUGCCUGUAACUGCGCUCAAUAUUUCAACUUGUGCCCUAUGCAGUCCACUUUGUAGUGAAUGACUGACCAUUUCUGACAUGGCCUUUGUCGUAAAUAAUAUCUAUUGUCCCUCGUUGCUGCUCCGCCAUUUUGCCUUUUGCUGCACUACAUGCACUGGUCUGAUGAUCUACCAAGGACUGACAUGAUAUGACUACAUGAAGGAAAACGAUAAAACAAAGCUACCAUUCCUCUCUGAUGUUUGUGUUUAAUACACAUUACUGUAAGCUCUGCCUUAAAUUGUUUACAUAUUUUUUUAUGUUUUUUACGACUAGAAGAGACUAUUAGAGCAUGUACGUAUACGUAGAACCAGGAUUGCAUGUGUACAGAGGUGAUGGCUUGUCCUAUUGCCGUGUGUACCCUGUGUUUGGUGUGCUGUUCUCCACAUUAUUUGAUCACUGAGAAAUGCCACUACCUACUGAUGAAGAACCAUUACUGUCACCUUCAGUUUUUUUAUUACUGUAUCGUUAUUCUGAUAAAGAUAUGAGGGGUAUAAAAUAAAUGGUGUAUAUUACCCUUAAAAGUUA